GUACAUGACGGAUCACGGUGAUGAGAAUUCAUUGUUAAUGUUAAUAGUAGUGCUGUCAGGGGAUUCCAAUAGGGAAUGGGAGGUACUACUUCAUUGUUUGGAUAGCCGCCAUGUUGGUAAUAUGACUUACUUCCGGUCCGGCCGACUCAACGCGGAUUGUAAUUUGUGGUAGUACUAAACUAAUUCCUUCUUUGUAUUUAAAAGAAAAAAAAAUGGGUGUGCAUUGUUAUGUUACAGCUAGGGGUGCACGAUAUCCAUUUUUUCAAACCGAUAUCGAUAACUUCCUGCUCCUUAAGGCCGAUAACAGAUAAUAUAGACCCUACUCACCUGCGUCACAAAAUGACGUGUCGCUGUAUCCAGCCGCCAUAUUGUCCGUAUUUUUUUAGAUCUAUUCUCAUUGUUUUCAAUUAGUCGUGCAAGUUAUAGAGCAAUUCAUGGAAGCCCCGGUGUUAUCUGACGCUGUAAACUCAUUGGAUGCGUUGCAUAAAAGGCGUUAUGUGGAAAAGCUUCAGUUUAUCCAUUCGCCAGAUCCAUAUUUGAUACCUAAAUCGAUGUUUUUUGACCCGCUGUCUUCGCCGUCUUUGCCUGACAUCUGCUACUCUGAUAUUUACAACUAUCUUGUCCACACAAAAUCAGCCUGUUCUCACGAAAGUUUGAAAAACUUUAAGAGCUUGGAGGCUUAUAAAUACUUCGUUGCUGGUUGGGUGAAACCGGUCCUCGUCCACGAAAAUUCGGCAGGAAUCUAUCUUGUGCUCGGGAAGGUUUCAGAAAAUAUCUUGGUGCUGACGGGCAGGAGCCAGAAUCUCCUGGAAUUGAAGGGGAUAUUGAGCCCCCCCAAAUAAAAGAGGAGGAGCCAAAGCCCUGUCAACAGAUGCAACUUUUAAUCAAAAAGGAGGAGGAAGAGCAGCCAUCUGUUGAAGAGGAGGAGUAUACCACCAGGUCGACUGGUGAGCCUUUAAAGAGUGACUAUGGUCCGAGUGAGGCCAGCAGAGGAGCGGAGCCUUUGAGGGGCAGCAGCAGCAGCAGCAGCAGCUCAACAGAAGUAUUGCAAACACAUAUUUUCAUCGCUCUGACAGACAGAAAUGGUACUACGUCACAAUCACCUUGCAAUGAUGAUGGUCAUAAGAAAUCUCACCGUGACGACAAACUCUGCAAAUGCUCUCAGUGUGGGAAAACUUUUGCUCGUGCGGAAACUCUUCGAAUGCAUAUGAGGAGGCACACUGGCGAAAAACCAUUUUCCUGCUCAAUUUGUGAUCGAAGAUUCGCUUGGAAGAAUAAUUUAAUAAAACACACAAGAACCCACACUGGUGAAAAAUCAUUUGUCUGCUCAGUUUGUGGUCAAGGAUUCUCUCAAAAGCAACACUUAAAAGAACACACAAGGAUCCACACUGGCGAAAAACCUUUUUCCUGCUCUGUUUGUGGUAAAAGAUUCAGUCACAAGAGCACUUUAAAACAACACACAAGAACCCACACUGGUGAAAAACCUUUUGUCUGCUCCGUUUGUGGUGAAAGCUUCUCUGAAAAGGGAAGCUUAAAAAGACACACAAGAACCCACACUGGUGAAAAACCUUUUUCCUGCUUAGCUUGUGGUCAAAGAUUCACUCGAAAGCAAAACUUGACUAUACACACAAGAACCCACACUGGCGAAAAACCUUUUUCCUGCUUAGUUUGUGGUCGAGGAUUCUCUCAAAAGCAACACUUAAAAGGACACACAAGGAUCCACACAGGGAUCCACACUGGCGAAGAACCUUUUGUCUGCUCAGUUUGUGGUCAUAGAUUCACUACAAAGCAAAGCUUAAAAAUACACACAAGAACCCACACUGGCGAAAAACCUUUUCCCUGCUCCGUUUGUGGUCAAAGAUUCAGUCAUGAAAGUGUCUUAAAACAACACACAAGAACCCACACUGGCGAAAAACCAUUUUCCUGCUCCGUUUGUGGUCAAAGAUUCAGUCAAAAGAGCGCCUUAUAUGCACACACAAGAACCCACACUGGUGAAAAACCUUUUGUCUGCUCAGUUUGUGGUCAAAGAUUCACUGAAAAGCAAAGCUUAAAAAUACACACAAGAACCCACACUGGCGAAAAACCUUUUGUCUGCUCAGUUUGUGGUAAAGGAUUCACUGAUAAGCCAAACUUAAGAAGACACACAAGAAUCCACACUGGCGAAAAACCUUUUUCCUGCUUAGUUUGCGGUCAAAGAUUCAGUCAAAAGACCACCUUAGAAGGACACACAAGAACCCACACUGGCGAAAAACCAUUUUCCUGCUCCGUGUGUGGUCAAAAGUUCGCCUGGAAGGAUCGGGUAAAGAGACACGUGUGUGUUGAUGUGAGAAGCGGUAGCCAAUGACUGUUUUGCCUGUCAUCCAUGCAGGCUUCAUCAGAUGUUUUGCACGCAGGACGAUUGUAUUCCGCAGAGCUUCCUUACAUGUUGAGGAUUGGCACUUUUGGUGCCCUGUAUUGUCCAAUUGUUGUAUGAUGUACAUCCACCCUAUUGCCUAAACCUCAGCUGAUUCAACCCUCUCAAGUUUGUCAUGUUUGUGUGCCUUCUCCAUUGUUUUUUUUUUUUUCAUUCCAGCACAUGAUUCAGCUGGAUGGGUGGGGCUGUGCAACACACUUGUGGCGCAUUAGAAGCGCUCAUUAUUUAAAGACUCCUGUCGCCAUAUACAAACAAGUGUCGGACUAUUGCUUAGUAUGUUUUACUUUACUAGUUUACUUUGUUUUUUUCCUUUUCUGGCCAUUGACAGCUUUCCCUUGGUUCUCUUGCCGACUGUGUUCGUACCUCUUUUUGUUUGUAUUUUUCCUCGCGUGUUCUGGCGUGCUCUCUUGUUUGUUUUUUUUUUUUGUAAUAAAUUCUACACAAACUUCGUUGUCUGUGUUGGAUCCAUAUUAUACGGCUCGCCGUUUCAUUACAAAGUUAAGUGGAAUUUUUUAUAUAAUACCCUUCCAAACUACAUUUUUCACAUUUAAUAUUUGAAACACAGACCCCAAAUUCCAAAAAUUCUAAAUCAUUCAUAAAUAAUGUCAUUAAAUAAAUAUGAAAAAUUAGGAUAUAUUGUUCAAAAUUGCAAAAAUAAUAAUUAAAAAAAAAAAUCUAAAAUACUGGCUCACAAAUGAUUUUUUUUGUGGGGCAAUUAAUGUACCAGUAUACAUAAUUUUUAAAAACUAUUGCUACUCAUGAUUGACAGAGACAUGUUACAACAGUAUGAGGGCCAAACAAAAAGGACAGACAGUAAAGACGUGUUCUUACGACAAAAAUUUUUUUUUCUCGUAGUAAGUUAAAAGUUUUGUUAUGUUUUUGUUAAAAAUAAAUAUAUAAAACACUGAAACAUGUAUUUAACUUUCCCAUUAAAUAUGUGUUGGAAAUGUUUUCUUUUGUUCAUAACAUGGUCAACACCUGACACCUUCCUUGCUGCAAGGGUCACGUUGAAUAAGCCGCUGUUCGAACGAAAAAGUUCACUUUUGACAGAGGAGGCAUUACCCAUGGCGCAAAUAUCAUUUUUUACAAUACAAAAACAGUGAAAUUUUCUAAAAUCCAAUUUGAGGUCCAAAAUGAAGAUGAUGAUGAUUGUUCUAUAAUAGUGCCCAGUUAGCUGCAGAUUUAGACUGUGCAGUCAGAAAGGAAAUAUUUAGUGUCUUCAAACAGGAAGGAUAUGUUUUGUAGCUUUAAUAUUAUUUGUUGUUGCUUCCGCUGUUCAGAGUGCUGUCGGUUAUUCGUAUGCAAUUUAUUUUAGUGUUGUGAAAAGGGGGGCAUUAAAUUUAGGCUUAUUGGACCUUUUCGUUUUUUGUGUGCCAUUGCGCCAUCUAGCUGUGGGGAUAUGCAUCAUAAUACACAGGCACUGUUAUUUCCAAUACAAAAACUCCAACACACACUGUCGGUGAAAUGGAACCGUAUUUGUAGUAGUACGUAAACUAUUCAGCAUGCAUGUCGUGUGUACUGCCUACGUGCACGCCUUGUAUGGAGAAAAGGCACAAGCAUGACAAAUUUUGACCGAAACGGCUGUUUUUGGAUGGGAAAAUCGAAGACAGAUCUUCAGCACCCACUGCUGUGAGCAGUGUU